UUCAAGAUAACUCAAGAUAGCUAUUUUUUAUUUAAACUGUCCAUGAAAGUACAAAAAUAUCAUAUUAGUGCAAUAGAACUCUAGCGGAUAUGUUGCUGUAUUUCGGAGAUAGUAAAAUUCAAAGGAUGGCCAUGCACUCAGCACAUUUCCUCGCAGUAUUUUGUUUUGCUGUUGUCAAUGUUGUAUCAUGCGGUGUUAUUGAGCUCAGAAACGAGCCGACUUGUUUGCCAGGAGACGAUUAUUUUUCUGCCGGUCCAGAGUGUUACAACUUUUAUUCCUGUCGCAAUGGUGUACUAGAAAUCAUUGAAUGCCCGGGGGGAUUACUUUGGAAUGAUGAUAUUAAACGUUGUGAUGCUGCUGAAAAUGUACAAUGUGAGGAUGAACAAACACCGGAACCAACAACACAAGCACCUACUACAGAGGCUCCAACACCAGCACCCACUACAGAGGCUCCAACACCAGCACCGACCACAUCAACCCCGUCUAAUACAUUUUUGCCAGAAGUUGAGGGUGCAUUGCCCAUACUGUUUCCUGGUUCUGAAUGUCCAGAAGGCAUCCGUGCCUUUUUACUGCAUCCAACUGAAUGCCGGCGUUAUUACUACUGUUUGUAUGGUGUUCAGUAUCCUCAGACGUGUCCGUUUUUGGAAUUUUUCAACUUUGUUGUAGGACGUUGCGUACCUCAAGAUCAAAAGUUCUGUUUCCCCGGAAGUGAAUGAAAAUGAAACAAAUAAUUACAUGAUUCAAGUUAGAUUAUAAUGAAUUAAGCAUUAUGAAGCGAAUAUUAAAUAUUAGCCGAUAGUAUAACAUGUUGGCUGAUAAAUCCCCGGUCUGACACAUAUAUGGCGCCGCUAGUAUUAAAUGCAUAUUAUUUUUAUAUAGUACCAACCUUCAAAUGAUUCGUGUCAAAA